CUCCCGGCUGCGGUAACCAAGGGCCGCUUCCCCUUAGUGACGGGGGAGCUUGCGCGGGCCAGGGCUGAGCCAGGCCGGGCAAGCAGGCCUGGGGCGCCCGGCGGGGCAGCCACUGGUCGUGAGGACGGUCUGCUCUCCAGGCCCUGCCUUCUUUUCCUUCAACCUACCCCUACCCCAGCCUUUAAGGUUUGGUUCCUGACUCUUUCUCCAGGCACUUGCCUGGAACAUUCCAGAACUCUGGAUCCUGUGGCAACACGGAACUUACCACGGCGUGUGGGGGUCUCCUAGCAACAACCCUCAGGAAUUCUGUUUGGCCCCUAGAUUGAUGCACGUGCCUGGGAAGUGGCAGCGAAGGUGAAAGCCAGGGCGGCCAUGGGUCAGAAGGUUCCCGGAGGGUUCAAGACUGUAGGCAUGAGGGACCCGGUGUACCGGCCCCUGAAGCAGGAGCUCCAGGGCCUGGACUACUGCAAGCCCACGCGGCUGGACCUGCUGCUGGACAUGCCCCCCGUGUCCUAUGAUGUCCAGCUGCGCCACUCGUGGAAUGACAAUGACCGCUCGCUCAAUGUCUUCGUGAAGGAGGACGAUAAGCUCAUGUUUCACCGGCAUCCGGUGGCCCAGAGCACGGACGCAAUCAGGGGCAAGGUCGGGUACACACGUGGGCUGCACGUGUGGCAGAUCACGUGGGCCAUGAGGCAGCGGGGCACGCAUGCUGUGGUGGGCGUGGCCACAGCGGAUGCCCCCCUGCACUCCGUGGGCUACACGACUCUCGUGGGGAAUAACCACGAGUCCUGGGGCUGGGACUUGGGGCGCAACCGACUCUACCACGAUGGCAAGAACCAGCCGAGCAAGACGUACCCUGCCUUUCUGGAGCCAGACGAGACGUUCAUCGUCCCCGACUCCUUCCUGGUGGCCUUGGACAUGGAUGAUGGGACCCUGAGUUUCAUCGUGGAUGGACAGUACAUGGGAGUGGCUUUUCGGGGACUCAAGGGCAAAAAACUAUAUCCUGUUGUGAGUGCCGUCUGGGGCCACUGUGAGAUCCGCAUGCGCUACUUGAAUGGACUCGAUCCUGAGCCGCUGCCGCUAAUGGAUCUCUGCCGGCGCUCGGUGCGCCUGGCCCUGGGCAAGGAGCGCCUGGGUGCCAUCCACACGCUACCGCUGCCAGCCUCCCUCAAGGCCUACCUCCUCUACCAGUGAUGCCGCACCCUGGGACCGCCACCUCCACAGCCACCUGGUGCCAACUCACUGAGCCGCCGGGGCUGCCAGGGCCACUGUGCCUGCACCUGGAACUGCCAGUUGCAGCCCUGGACAGACGUUCCCGCCCCUCUUCAUCCUCCCUGGCUGUAUCAUUGGCCCUGGACCGAUGGUGACGCAGGCUCCUCUUCCCCCACCCGCCUCCCGACACUGGCUGGAGGCAGUGUCCCUGCAUGUGAGAAAGAAUCCGAGAAUAAACACCUACCCAAGCCCUA